AUGACAGUUUCCACCACAAUUGACACUGAUGUAAAAGAAGUAUAUCAUGAAAAACCUGUAAUAGAGAAUACAUUAAAAGCAACAGCAGGUUUUGGUGGUGCUGGUUUGGUAGUUGCAGGUUUUAGAAAUGCAUUGGUGGAUAAAAGCAUUACUAAUAUUUUUUCAAGAACUGGAUCUACAAUUACACAUUUUGCUUUAUUGGGAGGCAUAUUUACGGCAACAGAAUCCAUAACUGCCAAUUUUCGUCAAACUAAUGAUAUGUUUAACAGUGCUGUAGCUGGAUGUACAACUGGUUUAGUUGCCGGUGUUAAAGCGCAUUCAUAUCCAUUGGCUUUAGGCGCUUGUCUUGGUAUUGGAGGUAUAAUGUCAAUGUAUGAAUUUACGGGUGCAUGGAAAGGUUUCAUAUCAAAUAAAUCUGAGGAGGAGAAAAGAGAAUGGAGAGCUAGUAUAAUUAGGAAACAACCAAAAAUACCAGAAGAUGACUAA